UGAAUCAUCUGGGGUUAACAAGAAAGCAUAAUUUAUGUCGAACGAAACCGUCGUAUCUUGUUGUUUAGCAAGCUAACGUUAGCUGGUAAACUGUAACAACCCUCUGUAGUAGCUGGGACACGAGUUGCAGAAAUGACAGAGCUACGGCACCGCGGAACGACUGAAAACGACCAAUAUCAACAAUCCGAAGACAAGGGAUCUGAGAAUGAGGGGAAAGCAGAGGGGGUGUCUGAAAGUGAGACCAAGCCUGAUACAGGGCUCCCGGAGGUGCCUGUCCCUGCUGAUGACACCCCUGAGGUCCUCAACAAAGCCCUAUCUGGACUGUCCUCACGAUGGAAGAACUGGUGGGUGCGAGGGAUCCUGACUCUGGCCAUGAUCUCCUUCUUCUUCAUCAUCAUCUACCUGGGCCCCAUGGUGCUCAUGCUGAUUGUGCUGUGUGUGCAGAUCAAAUGCUUCCAGGAGAUCAUCCACAUUGGUUACAGUGUGUACCACUCCUACCACCUGCCCUGGUUCAGAACGUUGAGUUGGUACUUCCUGCUCUGUGUAAACUACUUCUUCUAUGGAGAGACGGUGACAGACUACUUCUUUAAUCUGGUGCAGAGGGAGGAGCCGCUGCGCAUCCUCAGCAAAUACCACCGCCUCAUCUCCUUCGCUCUGUACCUCACAGGUUUCUGCAUGUUCGUGCUGAGCCUGGUGAAGAAACACUAUCGCCUGCAGUUCUAUAUGUUUGGCUGGACUCAUGUAACUCUGCUGAUCGUAGUGACUCAGUCCCACCUCAUCAUCCACAACCUGUUUGAGGGAAUGAUCUGGUUCAUCGUGCCCAUCUCCUGUGUGAUCUGCAAUGACAUCAUGGCCUACAUGUUUGGCUUCUUCUUUGGACGUACUCCACUCAUUAAGCUGUCUCCUAAGAAGACCUGGGAAGGCUUCAUCGGCGGAUUCUUUUCUACUGUUGUGUUUGGGAUCCUGUUGUCAUAUGUGAUGGCAGGCUACAGCUUCUUUGUGUGUCCAGUGGAGUUCAACAGUGACCAUAACAGUUUUGAGGUGGACUGUGUGCCCUCUGAUCUGUUCCAGCUACAGGACUAUGCCCUGCCGGCCACCCUCGAGUCCCUCACUGGAUGGCCCACAGUGCGCCUCUACCCAUUCCAGAUUCACAGCAUCUCCCUGUCUGCCUUUGCCUCCCUCAUGGGACCCUUCGGAGGCUUCUUUGCCAGCGGCUUCAAAAGGGCCUUUAAGAUCAAGGACUUUGCCAACACCAUCCCCGGUCACGGUGGCAUCAUGGACCGCUUCGACUGCCAGUACCUCAUGGCCACGUUCGUCAAUGUCUACAUCGCCAGCUUCAUCAGGGGCCCUAACCCUGCCAAGGUGGUUCAGCAGCUUUUAGCCCUGCGCUUGGACCAGCAGCUCAACAUCUUCAACUCCUUAAAGAGCCACCUGAUAGAGGGGGGUCUGCUGGAGGAUGUAGCCUAGGGCCACCACGGCCAGCCCCAGGUCACCCUACUGGGGACACAGAGAGGAGGGCAGCCCCUGGCACCAGAAAGCCCUGGAGGUGUGGGAGAAGAAGUGUGGUGCUCGUAUGAGCAAGAACACAUCUGAGAAAGUAACUAAAUUCUUUGGGUUAUUCCAUUUUCUGUGUGACUGAGAGGGAGGGAGUGUAUAUAGUAUGAAAGAAUGUGUGUCCUAAACUGUUUUCCUUUGUCAGUGUUUCAGGUUGUAUUUGUGAGUAAAUUUAUGUCAGCCAUAGUAUCUACAACACAGUGAUGCCACUUGAUCUGUGUACCACAAUGAGGUCAGGUGUACAUGUGUGUGAAUAUUUUAUGGUACAUAUAUUUUAUUUGUGUUUUAAUGCACUGCUCAACAUAGUCACACUGUAUCGUCCUCAUCUGCCAACAUUUUAUUUGCUUCAUUCAUCGUAAUAAUUGUUUGUAUUUAUAAUUUUUUAUUUUACCUUUUAUUUAACCAGGCAAGUCA